CGCGAUUUCCCCCUAACUACCCGUGUACAUUAGCUUCGUUCCUGAACAUAACUUUGUACAUAUGAAAAUUUGAAUUCUUUAUACUCAACAUACUACCUAAAGUGCUGUUUAAUGCUUCAAUUCUCUCUGCCAUGCUGCCUCAAUAUCCAUUGAUGUGUCCUUGCGCCAAAAAUCUCAUAUAGGACUAACAUAACCAAUCUACGCCGUCUUCCGCCUUGUCCGACCGUACGUAACCCAACCGACUAUACUAUCAAGGAUGCACUUCCUCACCACCUUGGCCGCCUAUGCGGCGCCCAUAUUCUUAAUAUUGUCUCCGAUCUUGUCAUACGCAGACCAAGCAAUUUCUAUGCAUAGGGCCAAGUCCAGCGCCGGCUUUUCGCUUGACAUCCCUCUAAUUAUGCUUGUCGCGUCGAUAAUGAGGGUCUUCUACUACCCCGGCGCGAGAUUUGAUACGGCAUUGCUGAUUCAAUCAUUCUGCAACAUUUUUAUCCAACUCAUUCUCCUAAAGAUUGCCCUCGAUCACCGACCGCCCCCAUCAUCGAAAGGAGGGGAUGCUGCUAUUCCUUUUGCGGGCGCACAAGAUGGACUCGGAGGUUUCCAACGACCGUAUAAUUUCUGGCAGUGGCGCUCACCAAAGCCGUAUUGGCAAUUUUUGUUGACAUUAUUCAUUGGUUUGACUAUGCUUGAGCUGUUACUUGCGCCCUUCAAUUCAAUCUACCCAAGGUAUUCAGCUCUAAUAGGUUAUGUUGGGCUAUCAGUCGAAGCAACUUUGCCUCUUCCACAGCUCCUCGCUAAUGCGCGCUCACGAUCCUGCAAAGGAUUUCGCUUCUCCGUAAUAGCAAGUUGGUUAGUGGGUGAUGCUAUGAAGAUGUUUUGGUUUUUCACGAGUACUACCGAAAUCCCAUGGGCGUUUAAGCUAUGUGGUAUCUUUCAGGCCGUUUGCGACUCGAUUAUUGGAAUCCAAUACUGGAUGUAUGGCAGCCAACAACCUGUUAUAAAAACGCAACAGGGGUGGACAUAUUCAGGCGUUAAGCCGCAUCUGAGUCCACAGUACAAUUCUGGACGGCAAACACCAACUGGAAGAAGGACACCAUUAGGAGAAAAGACAAUUUGAAUGAGUAAUGCUAAUAAUAAUAAUUAUGCAAACCUGAUCAGUCUGGAUAAUACUUAAUUGCUCAUAUAUGAACGUUUGCCUUACUUAGUAAUAGUUUCAAGAAAGACGAAGAUGCAC